UCCAUCCCUGCUCCUGCACCGGGCUCCGUUUCCCAGCAGAAGGCGCAGCCAUGAAUCCGUUAUUCGGCCCGAACCUCUUCCUCUUACAGCAGGAGCAGCAGGGCCUGGCCGGGCCGCUGGGGGACCCCCUGGGAGGCGACCCCUUCGCCGGGGGAGGGGACGUGGCCCCGGCGCCGCUCGCCCCGGCCGGCCCGGCCCCCUAUUCGCCGCCCGGGCCGGGCCCGGCGCCCCCCGCCGCCAUGGCGCUCCGCAACGACCUGGGCUCCAACAUCAACGUGCUCAAGACCCUGAACCUCCGUUUCCGCUGCUUCCUGGCCAAGGUGCACGAGCUGGAGCGGCGCAACCGGCUGCUGGAGAAGCAGCUGCAGCAGGCGCUGGAAGAGGGUAAGCAGGGCCGGCGGGGCCUGGCUCGCCGCGACCAGGCCGUCCAGACCGGCUUCGUCAGCCCCGUCCGGCCCCUGGGGCUGCCGCUGGGCACCCGGCCGGCUGCCGUCUGCUCCCCGUCGGCGCGGGUGCUGGGCUCACCCGCGCGCUCGCCGGCCGGCCCCCUCGCGCCCUCCGCCGCCGGCCACUCGUCGCCCUCCACCUCCGCCUCCGCCGCCUACUCCUCGUCGGCCCGCUUCAUGCCCGGCACCAUCUGGUCCUUCUCUCACGCCCGCCGGCUCGGGCCGGGACUGGAACCCACUCUGGUGCAAGGGCCUGGCUUGUCGUGGGUGCACCCCGACGGGGUGGGCGUGCAGAUCGACACCAUCACCCCCGAGAUCCGCGCGCUCUACAACGUAUUGGCCAAAGUGAAGCGCGAGCGGGACGAGUACAAGCGGAGGUGGGAAGAGGAGUACACCGUGCGGAUACAGCUGCAGGAGCGAGUGAGCGAGCUCCAGGAGGAAGCCCAAGAGGCUGAUGCCUGCCAAGAGGAGCUGGCGAUGAAGGUGGAGCAGCUGAAAGCUGAGCUGGUGGUCUUCAAGGGGCUCAUGAGCAACAACCUGUCAGAGCUGGACACGAAGAUCCAGGAGAAGGCCAUGAAGGUGGACAUGGACAUCUGCCGCCGCAUCGACAUCACUGCCAAGCUGUGUGACGUGGCGCAGCAGCGCAACUGCGAGGACGUGAUCAAGAUGUUCCAGAAGAAGCUGUCUCUGCACUUGUCUCCCAUUAAGGUCCCAUCCAUGGGGGGGCGGAAGCGGGAGCGCAAGGCUGCCAUCGAGGAGGACACCUCCCUGUUGGAGAGUGACGGGCCCCGCCAGCCCGAUGGGGAUGAGGAAGAGAGCACAGCCCUCAGCAUCAACGAGGAGAUGCAGCGCAUGCUCAACCAGCUGAGGGAGUAUGAUUUUGAGGACGACUGUGACAGCCUGACUUGGGAGGAGACUGAGGAGACCCUGCUGCUGUGGGAGGAUUUCUCAGGCUAUGCCAUGGCAGCUGCAGAGGCCCAGGGAGAGCAGCAGGAAGACAGUUUGGAGAAGGUGAUUAAAGAUACCGAGUCCCUGUUCAAAACCCGGGAGAAAGAAUAUCAGGAAACCAUUGACCAGAUAGAGCUGGAGCUGGCCACUGCCAAGAACGACAUGAACCGGCACCUGCACGAGUACAUGGAGAUGUGCAGCAUGAAGCGAGGUCUGGACGUGCAGAUGGAGACCUGCCGCCGGCUCAUCACCCAGUCCGGAGACCGAAAGUCUCCUGCUUUCACUGCGGUCCCGCUUAGCGACCCGCCGCCGCCACCGCCAAGCGAGACUGAGGACUCCGAUCGCGAUGUCUCAUCUGAUAGCUCCAUGAGAUAGGGACCUGCCUCCAGCUUGGCUUCCCUGGGACCCCACCCUGCUGGGAGCUCACCGAAGCAGAGGGUUCGGGGGUUCACAGAAGGGGAGCUACGUUUGUUUUGCUGCACCAAGCCUGGCCAUGCGGACUGGGGCGCUCCUCCCUCGGGCUUCCUCCCUUGGUCCUUGGCCUCUCCGGGGUUUCAGGGUGUCUGGAGCAAGGCUUGGCCUACCAUUUCCUGGGCAACUCCCACCGCAGCCUGGGCUCUGCUGCCUUCAUGUGUGGGCGUCUGCUACUUUCCCAUGUUUAAAAUGCUGCCAGAGCGAUUGUGGCCCCUUACCUUCUCCAUUGAGUAGGGAAUGUGAUUGUCGGAUAUUCCUUCCAUCCCUGUGGCCUAGAGCCACCUCACUGUCUGAUUCUGUAC